CGCCACCAUGCCCGCCUCGCUGCUGUGGGCGGUAGACCUGUUCGGCAGGGUGCACACGCUGUCCACGGCCGGCCAGUACUGGGAGCCAUGCAGGGACGUGCAGCUGGAAUUCAAGCGGGUCAGCGCCACCUCACAGUGCUGCUGGGGGAUCGCUUGCGACAACCAGGUCUAUGUGUUUGUGUGCGCCAGCGACGUCCCCAUCCGCCGCCGCGAGGAGGCCUACGAGAACCAGCGCUGGAACCCCAUGGGCGGUUUCUGCGAGAAGCUCCUGCCCAGUGACCGCUGGCCGUGGAGUGACGUGAGUGGGCUGCAGCCCCGGCCGCUGGACGGGGUGGCGCUGCCCUCCCCGCACUGGGAGUGGGAGUCAGACUGGUACGUGGACGAGAAUUUUGGCGGGGAACCCACCGAAAAGGGGGGGUGGACCUAUGCCAUCGACUUCCCCGCCACUUACACGAGAGACAAGAAAUGGAAUUCAUGCGUGCGGCGUCGCAAGUGGAUCCGAUACCGGCGGUACAAGUCCCGGGAUGCCUGGGCCAAGAUCCCCUCAAAGGACGACCCCAAGCAACUGCCUGACCCCUUCAACGAUCUCUCUGUGGGCGGGUGGGAGAUUACCGAGGAGCCCGUGGGCCGCCUGUCCGUGUGGGCUGUGUCCUUGCAGGGGAAGGUGUGGUACAGAGAGGACGUCAACCAUGCCAACCCUGAGGGCUCCGAAUGGACCCUGGUGGACACGCCGGGGGAGGUGGCCCAGAUCAGCUGUGGGCCCCAUGACCUCCUGUGGGCCACCCUGUGGGAGGGGCCAGCCCUGGUCCGAGAAGGCAUCAGUAGGAACAACCCCAAAGGGAGUUCCUGGACCACCAUCGAGCCCCCCGGGCCUGACAGCGGGAUCCUGCAUGUCUCUGUGGGCGUCAGCGUGGUCUGGGCAGUCACCAAGGACCAGAAGGUCUGGUUCCGAAGAGGUGUCAACUCCCACAACCCGUGCGGUACCAGCUGGAUCGAGAUGGUCGGCGAGAUGACCAUGGUCAACGUGGGGCUCAAUGACCAGGUCUGGGGCAUCAGCUGUGAGGACCGGGCCAUGCACUUCCGCCAGGGCGUCACCCCCAGCGAGCUCAGUGGCAAGACAUGGAAGGCCAUUGUUGCCAGCCGCGAGUGUGACCGGUCCUACUCGGGCAGCUCAUCCAGCCUGCUCAGUGCCGGCUGCUUCUUCGGCGACGAGGUGAGGGGUGGCAGCGGCGAGUCUGCACCCAGUGACAGCGAUGCCUCCUCAGAGAUCGACAGGCCCAGGCCCGAGCACCCUCUCCCCGUGGAACCCUGGGACACCUCCAGUGGCGGCAGGGGCAGCACGGGCACGGGCUCGGGGCCCGGUGGGAUGGCAGACGGUGCUGUGCACGAUGCCCUCCAGGCCCCAGGCAGCGGGGAGGACGGGCCGGACAGGCAGCCUGGCCCGGCGGAGCUGCCCUGGACCAACAUCGACCUGAAGGAGUCCCCCGCGGGGCCCAGCGGCCCGGCUGCCGGCCUCCCACAGGCCGGUGGCCUCUCGUCCCUAGGGCUGCUGGGCGGCCUGGAGGAGCCUGGCGGUGCGGCCGACCACCCACUGUGGGCCUGGGUGUCCGGGGGUGGCUGCACAGUGGAGGCGGGCUCCGUGCUCAAGUGGUUCUCUGCACAGUCGGGCCUGUCACCCUCGGUGCAGACACUGUCCCUGUCCAUCACGUCGGCACAGACGGCCGCCUGGAGGAAGCAGAUCUUCCAGCAGCUCACCGAGAGGACCAAGCGGGAGCUGGAGAACUUCCGGCACUAUGAACAGGCCGUGGAGCAGUCGGUGUGGGUGAAGACGGGCACGCUGCAAUGGUGGUGCGACUGGAAGCCCCACAAGUGGGUGGACGUGCGUGUGGCACUGGAGCAGUUCACGGGGCACGACGGGGCCCGGGACAGCAUCCUCUUCAUCUACUACAUGAUGCACGAGGAGAAGAAGUACCUGCACGUGUUCCUCAAUGAGGUGACAGUGCUGGUGCCAGUACUCAACGAGGCCAAGCACUCCUUCGCCCUGUACACCCCCGAGAGGACACGGCAGAGGUGGCCCGUGCGCCUGGCAGCCGCCACCGAGCAGGACAUGAACGACUGGCUCGCCCUGCUCAGCUUGUCCUGCUGCGAGAGCCGCAAGGUCCACGGCCGCCCGUCCCCGCAGGCCAUCUGGUCUGUCACCUGCAAAGGGGACAUCUUCGUGAGUGAGCCCAGCCCAGACCUGGAGGCUGCCGAGCGCCCUCUGCCCUGCGACCAGAUGUUCUGGCGGCAGAUGGGUGGCCACCUGCGGCUGGUGGAGGCCAACAGCCAGGGUGUCGUGUGGGGCAUCGGCUACGACCACACAGCCUGGGUGUACACGGGUGGCUACGGUGGCGGCUGCUUCCAAGGCCUGGCCAGCAGCACCAGUAACAUCUACACACAGUCUGACGUGAAGAGCGUUUGCAUCUAUGAGAACCAGCGCUGGAACCCCGUCACGGGCUACACCAGCAGGGGUCUGCCCACCGACCGCUACAUGUGGAGUGAUGCCACUGGGCUGCACGAAUGCACCAAGGCCACCACCAAGCCCCCGUCCCCGCACUGGACCUGGGUCUCGGACUGGUCCGUGGACUUCAGCGUCCCAGGUGGCACUGACCAAGAGGGGUGGCAGUAUGCCAGCGACUUCCCUGCCUCCUACCACGGAUAUAAAACAAUGAAGGACUUUGUCAGGAGAAGGUGCUGGGCCAGGAAGUGCAAGCUGGUGACAAGUGGACCCUGGCUGGAGGUGGCCCCCAUCGCCCUGGGGGACGUGUCCAUCAUCCCCGGGAGCCCACCGGCCGCCCAGCGCAGCCACAGCAUCGCGCUCUGGGCAGUCAGCGACAAGGGUGACGUGCUGUGCCGUCUCGGCGUGUCCGAGCUCAACCCUGCGGGCUCCUCCUGGCUGCAUGUGGGCACCGACCAGCCCUUCACCUCCAUCUCCAUUGGGGCCUGCUACCAGGUGUGGGCUGUGGCCAGAGACGGUUCUGCCUUCUACCGGGGCUCUGUGUCCCCCGCAAAGCCGGCAGGUGACUGCUGGUACCACAUCCCGCCCCCCUCGAAGCAGAGGCUGGCACAGGUGUCCGUGGGGCAGACGUCGGUGUAUGCCCUGGAUGAGAAUGGGAACCUGUGGUACCGUGUGGGGAUUACGCCCAGCUACCCGCAGGGCUCCAGCUGGGAGCACGUCUCCAACAACGUGCGCAGAGUGUCCGUGGGACCCCUGGACCAGGUCUGGGUCAUCGCAGACAAGGUUCAGGGCAGCCACAGCCUGAGCCGCGGGACCGUGUGCCACCGCACGGGCGUCCAGCCCCACGCGCCCAAGGGCCAGGGCUGGGACUACGGCAUCGGGGGAGGCUGGGACCACAUCUCUGUCCGGGCCAACGCCACCAGGGCGGCCCGGGGCGCGUGCCGAGAGCCGGAGCCCAGGGCCACGCUGGAAGCCCCGGGCCCCGUGUGCUGCUGAAGCCGACCCCGCUCACCUGGAAGGCUGGCCUGCGUGGGAGUGUGCCCCGUGGUGGCGGUCGCCCAGGCAGGAGGGUCGUGGCCGCUUCGGAGACCCCGCGCCACGU